CUUCGUGUGCGUCUCUCGAGUUUUACCGGUCAAGCUCCUUCUCUCUAGCUUCCUAGCCCUCCGAGUCAAGUAAGCUUCCUUCCUUUCUUUUAUUAGCCUUCUUUCUUCAUCUUUCCUCCCGGUAAAUGUCUUCCUCUGAUAGUCAAGACAUCUCCGCCUCAGAUGCCCAUGCACCUGAGGAAUCCCUAUCUUCUUCUUCGACCGGGUCGUCUUCUCCCAUCCCUAAGACCCGGUCGAUUCCAAGCUCUAGCAUCCCCGAACCGCGGCCGGUAAGUCAGAUGCCCGGUCAAGUAUUUCAGGAGAGGGAUGCACCGGUCGAAGACGAGCCGGCUCCCUAUGACCCUGACGAUGAAACGUACGAGGAAUGGGUGGACCGGCUAAAUGCAGCCGGUUAUUCUCCCCUUCCCACCAACUACCCCGCUGACAUAGUCCCCCGGGUUUCCAAGAUUGCUCAGAACAAAGCCCGUAGGAAUCUCCCUGCAGGGUAUGUUCUUGAAUACGACCCCUCCUGGCCUAAUAUUAUUGAACCCCACCGGGAUGAUAGGUUAGGUUUCCAUAUAGUUUCUCUAGAGAGCGGCACUGUCUUCCCCCUUCGUCCCCUUCUGAUCGAGUUGUGCCGCUGUUUCAAAAUCCUCCCUGGGCAAAUUACGCCCAAUGCCCACCGGUUCCUCAAUGCUUUUGUAAAUAUCUGCGUUGAGCUCAAAAUCGAUCCUUCCCUUCGUCUGUUUCUUUUCUUGUUUGAAGUCCUUCCCGACAUGAACUUCAGAGCGUUUAACAUGCCGAAGAAAACCGGUGGCUCCUACUCCGCUGCCGCCACAAACGAGCCGGUGCAACCGGAAACGGUUGUGAUCAAUGAUGAGGAGGAAGAUCUCCGGACCGGGGGGAUGGACCAAUCAGGGGACGCACCGGUGAACCCUUCUCCCAACAAAGGGAAGGGGAAGAAGAGGGUGAAGCACGUGGCCACCGCCCAUCCAUCCUCUAAGAAGAGAAGGGGAGAGCAUUCCCCGGUUAAAGAAUCAAUGGAAGAGCUUUGGGUCAAGGUGACCCUUAAGCUGAAGGAGAUGGGCGAGGUUGGGUCCGAAGCCCUGGAGCACCUCACCGGGGACUCCUCCUCCCGGUUGGCCCAACUUGAGGAGAAAUUGAAGAGAUCCGAGGCCCAUAACCGGGAACUCCAGUAUCUGACAGCCCGCCAGCUCGAGGAGAUGGAAAACCUUUCUAAGAUGGCCGGUGAGGCGAAGGCUGAAAUCCUCCAGCUGAAGGAAGAGAACCUGAAGCUCAUGGAGGACGCUGAGCUCAAGGAGAAGGAGUUUCCCGGCAAGGCCCGCCAAUGGAUGGAGGAGAACCUCGUGGAAGCUGCCCGGGUGCUCACCUCUUCUGAGGAGAGGACAAUGGAGGGCUUCAAGUUGUUGUACCGGGAAGAGCACGGAAAAGAAAUGAUUACCCAAGUCGGCUCUUAUGGUUUCAUGUCCGGGCAGAAGAGAGACCGGGAGGCCACGCAUGCAGUCUUGGCGGAACGCGACCCGGCCUUCUCCGCUGAAGCAUAUGGUCUGGCCCCCAUUCCCGAUGAAGAGCCUGAGCCCCCUUUCCCUCUGGAGUAAAUUCUCCCCGGCUGCGCCCGGUCACAUUUUGAAAACCUCACUUCAAAACUUGCUAUUUUCCCAGGGAUGCCCGGUGUAUUUGUAAACACUUAAUUUUCUUAUUUUGUCUGAAUGCCAUGUUUAAUUUUCGUACCGGUUAAUCUUCCAUAUCUGCUUGCUCCAUGAUCGUUAUUCUUUAUUGCUUCUUAGAAUACCAUCAUAGAAACUCUGACCGGUAGGUAUAUCAGGCCACUUCUCAAUUGUU